AUGACACACAGUUGGACGCGGCUGUCUUUACGGGAAUCAUCUUUUAACGGAAGAGCGGCGGAAGAGAAACUGAGGAAUGAGGUGUUUCCAUUACAUUUAUCGCCUCAGCAUGUGGAAGCAUACCGGCUGCUAGAGGACAGGAAACACAAACUCUCACCCGAGACCGCCGCCCUCUACCUGCUUCGACAACAGCACAAACUAUUGGAGACUGAGAUCAGCAGGAAGAGGAAGGAGUGCGAAGUCCUUGAGGAGGAGGUGAAGAAAAAAAGCCAGUCAUGUCAAACUCUGGAGAGUGAGCUUCAGCAUGUUCUGCAGGAGAAAGCACGUCUGAAUCUCCGCUUGUUCAACGAUACCCAGAAGGCAGCAAAGUAUGAGCAGGUGAAAAGUGAGUAUGAACAGCUGCAGGAGGCUCUGUACACUGUGACAGUGGAGAGAGAUUGCGCUCUGUUGGAGAGGACUGAGCUCCAAGGCAAACUGGAGAACCUAGAGCAGGUGCUGAAGCAUAUGCGAGAGGCUGCAGAGAGGAGGCAGCAGCUAGAAUUAGAGCAUGAACAAGCCUUGGCCGUCCUCAGUGCCAAGCAGCAGGAGAUUGACCUUCUGCAGAAGGCUCAGGUUGAGGCUAAGAAGGAACAUGAAGGUGCCGUCCAUCUGUUAGAGAAUCACUUGGACAGCAUGCAGGCUAAAGUGAGAGAACUGGAGGAAAAAUGCCGGACCAUAGGUGAGCAGUUUAACCUGCUGUCGAAGAGUUGGAGAAGUUCAGGUUGCAGGCUGGGAAGUUAG